AUGGCGGUUGAGAUGUGGCACAACCGUGAGAGAACGUCAAGUCAAUCAAAGCCCGCGGCGGUGACCGCUUUAUUAGCGGAAAUGAGGAGAAUCAGAUGUGGACUGCAUUGGCAUGGGCAGGACAGCCAAGGAAGGGCCGAUGGUAAUGCGUUUUCUCCAAACAAGAAGGAUUGCCGAGUCCCUGCCUCCCGGUGCUGGGUGCAGGGUGGGGUGGCGAUGGCGGGGGUACAGCGGCUGGUGCGCACUGAUGUCGGGGAUUCAGAAGCAGGGUGGCAGAGCGACCACUUCAUUAGUCUCCCCCGGCUACAAAUCACCUGCUUGUGCUCUGCGGUGCUCGGGGGGGUUGGUGGGGGUAUAUCAGGGGGCACUUUACAGGACCCUAGUCACAACAGUCUGAAGUGA